UGAGACUGAAAAAAGAAGGGGGAGUCCAGCUGCGAGGUGUAGCCAUUUCAGGUCUGUUUCGAAGAGGUUUAGUUUUUGAUUGUGCAAAGAGGAAAGCAUUUUAGCUACACUCAAUUACAGGCUAAGGCUAUGGUUUGCAGCCGUUCUCUGAUACUUGAAUAGUUCCGCCCAUAACACGCCCAUCUCUUCACAAUAAAUAUCGACCGACUGACCGAAGCUCCCGCUGUUCUCUCCCCGCCGUUACCUUCUCCCAGGACCGAGGUGCCCGCCCUACUUUACCCGCUGUCAGCCGACAAUGGAGACAGAAAUUGAGCAACAAGAAGAUACGUCUUUCAGCAAUACAGAGACCAACGGUAAGCGUCCGGCGGAGGACGUGGAUGAGGAGCAAGCGUUCAAGCGUUCCAGAAACUCGGACGAGAUGGUGGAGCUCCGCGUUCUCCUGCAGAGCAAAAAUGCAGGUGCUGUGAUCGGGAAAGGUGGCAAAAACAUUAAAGCCCUGCGCACAGACUUCAAUGCCAGUGUGUCAGUCCCAGACAGCAGUGGGCCUGAGCGCAUCCUGAGCAUCAGUGCGGAUAUCGAGACGGUGGGAGAGAUCCUGCUGAAGAUCAUCCCAACCCUAGAGGAGUACCAGCAGUACAAUGGGAUGGACUUUGACUGUGAGCUCCGUCUGCUCAUACACCAGAGUCUGGCAGGAAGCAUCAUCGGAGUGAAGGGAGCCAAGAUCAAAGAGCUCCGUGAGAACACCCAGACAAGCAUCAAGCUCUUCCAGGAGUGUUGCCCCCAGUCCACCGACCGUGUGGUGCUGGUCAGCGGCAAGUCUGAGAGGGUGGUGGAGUGCAUUAAGAUCAUGCUGGAGCUCAUCGCUGAGGCUCCCAUCAAAGGUCGCGCCCAGCCUUACGACCCCAACUUCUACGACGAGACCUACGACUACGGCGGCUUCACCAUGAUGUUCGAGGAGAGGGGGGGCGCGCGCCGGCCUAUGGGGGGCGGUGGGUUCCCCAUGCGGGGGGGCAGGGGCGGAGCGGGCGGCUUCGACCGGAUGCCUGCCAGCCGGGGGGGCCGUGGGCCCAUGCCCCCCUCCCGUAGGGACUAUGAGGAGAUGAGCCCCCGUCGGGGCCCCCCGCCACCCCACCCAGGCAGGGGGGGCAGGGGAGGAGGCCGGGGACGUAACAUGCCCCUUGGGCCCCCGCUCAGAGGAGACGAUCGUUUCUCGUCCUAUGACUCCUACAGAGGCAGCUCAGAUGACAGGUCAAGCAGUGACAGAAGAGGCAGACCAGAUCGCUAUGGCGAUAACAUGGGUGGAGGUGGAUAUGACAACAGCUCUUCAUGGGACUCUUACCAGUCAGGUGGACGUGGGUCCUAUAAUGAUAUGGGUGGACCAGUCAUCACCACACAAGUGACAAUCCCUAAAGAUCUGGCAGGAUCCAUCAUAGGUAAGGGCGGCCAGCGCAUCAAGCAGAUCCGUCACGAGUCCGGGGCCUCCAUAAAGAUCGACGAGCCCCUGGAAGGUUCCGAGGACCGCAUCAUCACCAUCAGCGGAACCCAGGACCAGAUCCAAAACGCCCAGUACCUAUUGCAGAACAGUGCGCUGCACCUGCUCGGACACCAGGACUAACUCCCCCCCUGCCACCGACGCAGCCCAUCCUCCUCUCUCUCCUUCCCUCCCUCCCUUUCCCUGUCAUGCCCCCACCCCCCCUACCCUUAUACUGCUAUAUAUAUCUUCAUUGACUCCUGUGAAUUUUCUUUUUAUUAUUUUUUUUUGUGUGUGUUCUUUCUACUCUUGUAUUCCAGUGUGAAGCAGUACUCUGGCCAGUUCCUCUAAGCCAGGAGACCUUCCCCUCCUUCCCUCAAUGCUCAUCCCCCCCCCCUCCAGCUUAUUGUCCUGGUUUGUGGGUUUACCGAUAUUUUUUCUUUUUGGGAAUUUUAUUUUUUUAUUUGUAUGAAGAUGAAGGGGGAGAAAAGGUCCGACAUUCCUGUACUUUUAAAAAUGUAGAUGUGCAGCAUUUCCUGUGUAGCUUUCUGCUUCUCAGUCCAUCUUACUGACCUGAGCUAAAACAUCUGGAGCGCUCUGUCCUGGCAGACAUGAACAUACCCUUUAGUUGUUUUUUUUUGAAUGGGUUUGUUUUGUAGUGUGUGUAUGUAUGUGCGCGCGUGUGUGUGUUUGUGUCAGUAGAAUAAACCAGUCCUCUGAGUGUGUGUGUGUGUGUUCUCACUCUGUAUAUCAGUAAACCCACAUGCGGCCUCACCCCCCCUCGCCACCAUCACCAUUCAGUGGAAAGUGCAGAAUGUAGGCUUUUUUUUCUUGUAAGAAACAUUUUAUGAUUUUAAAAAAUAAAUGUAGGAAAUCGUUCUCCUGCGUCGUGUUUUUCAGUUUAUUGAUGGGGGAGGGGGGAGGAGGAUUUAUAAUAAACAAAUCUGUGAAAUUACAGCAUCUAGUCAAAUAAAUUCUUUGUUUAUGAACGAAUAUAUGACGUUGAAAAUGUUAAGAUAACUUUCUAUUGUCCUCUUGUUAUAUGGACAUGUGUAGUGCUGACGUUCUGCUCGUGCAUUUUACCUGUCAUGCUUCCGACUAUACUCAGCAGUUGAGUUCACUGUCAAUUGUAAACCCAUGAAUAAAGAUGUCACUUUUUA